AAGGAAACAACAGAAAAAGUGUCGCAUUUUUUUUUCUGAAUUCAGAAAAGUAAUGAUAAAACAUCCAAAUUGAUCAUUUCGUCAUAGACCAAAAAACUCUAAAAAAAAUCUUCGCAAAAGCUAAAUUUCCGUUUCCCACGCAACAAGCAACAAAACUUUUGGAAAGAGAAAAACAAUUUGUUUUUUUUUGGUGUCUGGUUCAAAUUUAAAAUCUAUAAAAAUCCGUUGAUUUGGUAAACUCGUGUUGGAAAUCCUUCAAAAACGUGUACGGUGCCCCAGGAUUGAGACAGAGAGCUGUGGCGCAGGACACAAGGCGACCUGGUCGCAACACAGAUCCAAUUUCCAGGGACAUGCCAACCAUGACACGCAUGCAUCGGCACUCCAGCUCCAAUGCCGUGGUGGAGGAGACGCGCGGCCGUCGGCGCGAUGUUGGGGCCGAGGGAGAGGCGAAUAAGGAGAACUACGGCGUUCACUUUAUGAGCAGCCCCUUCGGCAACGCCAGCCUGAUUGCCCUGCAGGACCUGAGCAAUGUGCACGGCAAGAGUCCGCAGCGGCGAAGCUUCAGCGAGGGCAGUGGACCGCGUCAGGCCACGCCGCAGCUGGCGGCUCUACGCUGCCUGCCCCGAGCUACAGCUGUGCCCCUGGGUGCUGCUGCUGCUGUUGCUGCUGCUGCUGCUGCUGGCAAUGGGAGUGGCAGUGGGAGUGCCGCUGUGGGUGUGCCUGUCCUGGAAGACUCGCAGUUGUCGUCCUCGCGGAUGGGCGACACCACCCUGGAUCGCAUGCUGGACGCCAUCAUAGAGUCGGCGCGCAAGGAGGUCCGCUGCAAGCACACAACAGCAGCCGCGGCUGUUGCAGCCCCAGUGGCAGCCACCAAUGUGCUGGCCGAUUGCGGGGAGUGGAGCGAGAGCAGCGUCCACGAGAUGGAGGUGCGCACACCCACCCACCUGAAGCGGCAGCGGGUGGUGCGGCGCAAGAAUCCCCACAAGACAGCCCACACGGCCACCAGAGAUGGCCAGAGCCGGAGUCGCAGCCAGGGCAGGAGGCACAGCGCAACGCCAGUCCAAAUGGAGCAUGUGCCCAGCACGAAGCGCUGCCUCAGCUUCUCCAGCUCCACGUCCAGCGACCUGGACGACGAUGAGCAGCUGGCCAAGCGCAGUUCGAUGGCCUCCACCACAUCAUCGAGCCACUCCAGCGCCGCCGGCAUUGACAGCCAGCGGGGCAGCAUUGAUCUGAGCAUCGUCUACGAUGCCCAGCAGCGACAACUGAAUGUACACGUCAUUCGCUGUCGUGACUUGCAGCGUUCUCAUGGGACUGGCACUGGCGUUUAUGCCUACGUCAAGGUGGCCCUGGCACCCGCCCAGUCAGCUCAGCCAGCCAUGAACUCGGGCUUUCAGCGCACCGCCGUCCACCGUCACUCGAGCCGUCCGUACUUUGAUCAGCGCUUCAGCUUCCCCAUUCCGCAGGAGGAGGACUCGUCCAAUCAGCAGCUACAGCUGGCCGUAUGGCAUCGGGAUCGCCAUUUAAAACGCAGCGAGUUCCUGGGCAGCAGCACCUUCCCGCUGAGCGAGCUUCUGGCGGAGAGCCACAGCGUGAGCGGAUCCUACAAGUUGCAGUCACAGUCACAGUCGCAGUCGCAGGCAUGCCUUAGUAGCUGUCGCAGCAGCAGCAGCCGGAGCAGCAAUCACGAAGAGCAGCAGCAGCAGCAGCAGGAGCAGGAGCAGCAGGAGCAGAAGCAGCUGGUGCCAUCACUGGCAGAAGGUUCCGAUAUGGCCACCACCACAGCCACGCCACAAAAGUCGUCAGCAGCGGCUGCGGCGGCAGCAGCAGCAGCAGCAGCCAUGAACCUGGACGAGGUCAUCAGCAUCAGCAUCGACAGCAUGGCCGGAACGACGACAUUGGGCAGGGACGAGUGCCUGCUGCAGCCGCAGCAGCCAAUGAAGCUGAGCAAGAAGGCGCUCCAUCAGCGGGACGCGGACGAGAAUCUCUUUCUGCGCUUCCUCGAGCUGGAUCCGCCUGCCGAUGGCAAUGCGAACAGCACCACCAACGCCACCGUCGGCGGCAACAGCACGUCCAGUGGGGCGGGAGGCGGAGCAGCGCCGAGUGGUGGGGCAAUCGCCGCAGCCAUCUGCAAUGUGAAUGCCAAUGUGAGCAACGCCAAUCACCUGAACGGAGCCAGCGGCAGGCGGCAGUCGACCAUGGCCAGUGGGGGUAGCGGAGGGAGCGCCGGCAGUGGACAGCGAUCGCUGGGACGCACACCCUUCACGAUGACACGGCGACUGACGCGAACGGAGGAGCGGGGAUUCGGCUUCUCCAUUGUGUGGACGCAUCCGCCGCGCGUCGAGAAGGUGGAGGCGGGCAUGUCGGCGGAUCGGUGCGGCAUCCUGCCCGGCGACUAUGUGAUCUUCGUGGACAAGCACAAUGUGGUCACGAUGCCCGAGGCUGAUGUUCUGAAUUUGAUACGAUCGCAGGGCUCGACCUUGACGUUGGAGAUAUUCAGAAGGUCAGGCGCGGGCGCCACAAUGGCCAUUGAGACAGCCACCACAACGGCAACAGUCGCCGCCGCCUCCCUCUCCACAUCAAUGGGAACAGCGGGAACUGGCACUGGCACGGGAUUGGGAGCAGGUCUUUCCCUCUCCUUGGGCAACUCCAAUGCCAAUGCCAUCACACAGCAGCAGCAGCAGCAGCAGCAGCAGCAGCAAUCCCGUCAGCAGCUGGUUCUGGGUUUGGAGCGUGAGGAUCUAAGCAGCAACACGACAAACAUGAUGAGCUGCUCUCUGCAGCGGACGGGCAGCUCGAGACCAGCCACCCAGCCACAGGCGCAGCUGAGCAACAAUUUCUCGCGUCCGGCGACCGCCUGCUCCGGCACCACCUCCUCCAUUGAGGCCGCCAAGCGGCGGCUCCACCUGCCUCAGGUCACCUUCAGCAAGGAGUCGAUUGUGCCCAUAACGGACAAUCGGCGUCGCUUCCUCCUGCAGCUGAUUAGCCGGGAACAGAACUUCACGUCGGCCCUGCACUUUGGUGUGGAGCGGUUUGUGCAGCCGCUGCUGGAGCGCAAGGAUCUGAUAUCGCCGAACGACCAUCGGACGCUGUUCCAGAACAUUGACGAGCUGCUGCGCAUCGCCGAGGAUAUUCUAGAGCAGCUGUGCAGCGGAGACCAGCACCAGCACCAGCAGCAGGAGCAGGAGCCGCAGAUGAACUUUGCCUCGAGGGUGUACCUGUCCAAGACGACGGCCAUAUGUGCGGCCUACAAGAAGUACUGCAACGGCAUCAAGCGGGCCGACUGCGUGCUGGUGAACAAGUCGCGGCAGACGGGCUCCGAGUUCAUAGCUUUCAUCACGGAGCCGGUGGUGCCGCGCAAGCGUCCGGAUCUCACCAUGUUCAUCCACCGUCCGCUGCAGCACUUUCGGGAGAUACUCAAGCUGAUGCAGCUGCUGGCGAGCAACUGCCACGUGGACACCGAGGAGCACAAGAACUUCAGCAGCGUGAUCGGGGAGCUGCAGGCGGCCUACCGCGAGAUCACCGUCAGCAGCGGCCUCAUGGAGCCCCUCGGCGAGGGCCGGCCCCUGCUCACGCUCCAGGAUCUGGAGUCCCGCAUGGUCUUCACCAAGUGCAAGCCGUUCACGCUGGCCGUGCAGGGUCGCCAGUGGAUCUUCGGCGGUGAUCUGUCCCGCGUCGAGGGUCGCUCCAUCAAGCCCUACUGGACGCUGCUCUUCAGCGACAUCAUCGUCUUUGCCAAGGUUAGCCGCGACCGGGUGCUCUUCAUCACCGAGGAGCCCGUGCCCAUAGCCAAUGUUGUCGACUCCUGUUUCCACAUGCGCAAGAAGACCACCGAGUUCCGUUUGACUGUGGAUCCGAAUGGGCGGCUGGCCGAGAGCCCCACAGGCUACUGUGCGCCCGAUCUGAGCCGGACACCGAGGCGAGGGGCCCGCCGCAAGAGCCUCAUCCUGCGCGCUCCCUCCCUCGAGCUGAAGGCCGUCUGGCAGAACCUGCUGCAGCGCCAAAUAUUUCUGGUGAAUGCGGCACUGGGCUCAACGCCCCUGUCCAGCCCGCUGGACUCGCCGGAUGUGCUGAACACGCUGGUGCCGCUGAGUGAUAUCGGCAUGACCUCCGCCUCGAUGGCCUCGAUGAAGCUGCCAUCGCUGGACAGCAUCAACCUCAAGCAGCAGAAACAGCAGCAGCGUAACAGCUCUCACGGCCAUGGGCACACGGGGCCAGGUGCGGCCGCCGCCGGUAGCCACGGCCAUGGACACACACACGGACAUGCCGUGGAGCAGAUCGAGCUGCUGAUCGACGAGAAGUGCCGCAUCCUGAACAAGACCGGCACACCCAAGUCGAGCGCUCUGCAUCUGGCCAACUGGAUGAAGGGCCAGCUGGACAAGCAGCAGCAGCAGGCCCGACUGGCGGCCAUUGCCCGCUCGCAGGAGAACAUCACCGCCGAGGACGAGCAGCUGAUCUUCAACAGCGACAGCGAACAGGACGAACGCAUCACAUACUGGACGCGACAGCAGCUCGAGAAGCGCACCAAGGAGCUCAACCUGGCAAAGGAGAACGGCGUUCUCUCUGCCAAGCCCAACUUCGGUGGCAAGCGACUCAGCGGGGUCGAGGAGCUCAGCAUGAGCGCCGCCUCAGACAUCUACUCGGAGGCGGAGGCGGCUGGCCACAGCCAGAUCAGCCAGUCCCACAGCACCACAUCGGACAGUCAGAUAACGGUACGCUCGAGCCCCAUUGUGCUGGACAAGCUGGCCGUUUGCCGACACUGCCACAAGAACUGCCAGCAGAGUGGCGCCGGCGGCGGCGGUGGUGUCGCUGGCGUCAAUAACUCCAGCUCCACGCCGGUGCUGCUCUGCAACUCCCUUAAGGUGCAGCAUAGCCAAUCCUCGCCGAAUCGAUGCUGUAAGCUGAACGGUAUAGCUGGCGGAUCGGGCACGGGCACGGGAGCUGGCACCGGCACCGGCACCGGCACGAGCAGCGUGACCAGCAUGUCCAGCAGCACCAUCACGGGGGAGCUGUCCUCGAAGGUGGUCGCCAGCAGCAGUCGCCGGGAGACCGGCGACACGGAGAGCGACGUGGCCCAACUGAUCACCGAUGAACUGUCCCUCUCCCAAUCAGAGGCCACGGACGAGAGCGUUGGCGCCAUUCCCAACAGCAGCAGCAGCGCCGGAGACGGCUCCAAAAUACGAAUUCUAGAACCUCAACCAGCGGCGGUGGCAUCGUUGGCAUCGGUGGCAUCGUUGGCCUCAGGGGCAACGGUGACUCCACCUAUGGCAAAUGGCCACUGUUCAGGCGGUUCACCGAAACCCUUGCCACCACCACGACGCACUCGAAUCGUGGCCCAGAUGUGCCAAGAGCCUGCCCGGCCACGGGCAAACCAGCAGGUCAAGGCCAUAGUGACGAUCACGGAGACGGCACGGAUCAUGCGCAGCAGCGAGCGCACAGCCCACUCCGUGGGAUCGGGCGGAUCGGGCUCGAUGUCGGGAUCGCCAGCCAAAUAUGCCGCCUGCCACUGCCGCUGCACUCCUGAGGACUUUACGCACGCCCAACUCUCGCCGGACAAGAUGGAACACCAGACCUGCAAGCUUCUGGAGUCGCCCAAACAGACGGCAACCACCACAUCCACAUCCCCACUGACAGCGGCCCAGCGGCAGGAGGAUGAGCAGUUGUCGCUGGUUUUGAUUGGACUGGCCCAGUUUGCGCCGGCAGCCAAGCUGUGUGGGCAGGCGCGGGCGCGGGCUACACCUGCACUGCUCCAAGAGGGACAGAGCAACAGCGAAGAUAAUUCCACACCUACGAUAGCCGUGGUGCCACCCACGCCCGAUGCCGUUCUCACCAAGACGAGCACCAAUGUGUGGGACAAUAGCGGAGGAGGAGGAGGAGGAGCUGGAUCUCCUGGAGCAGAAGUGGCCACCAGCAGCACGACCACCACCACGACGAAGCAGCCACGGCAGGCGAUCAUUGAGAACAUACCCGAGGACUCGUGCGACGAGUCUCCGUUGGACGAGGAACCUCCGUACAGGCCCAUGACCAAUGCCCUGAGGCGUUUCGGCACCAUGUCCAGUCUGGAGAAACUGCCCUCCGACGAUCGCAUGGAUGAGGCUGACGAGCUGGACGAUGACCUGGAGCCCUACACAUCGAAUGGCCAUGACGACAGCCCCAACAACGAUGAUGACAGGGAUGGAGACGAGGAUGAUGAGGACGAUGCAGCCUCGGACAAGGCGCUGGCCCAGAACCUCAACGAAUUGGUUGGCUGCUCCAGCUCGACUGGUGCCAUGGUCAACGGGGAUGUGCUGGCCAGCGGAGCCUGGACCAAUCGAGCUGGGGCCUUUGUCUCCGACAAGAUGUCCUUUUUCGAGGAGUCGCGUGCCUUCAUCGACAAGUACUUGGGCCGCUGGAAUGCCGAAGAUACCCAGGAGCAGCCGCAGCAGACGGCCACCUCCGAGACGGACGAGCAGAUGGACGAGUGCACCUCGGGGGCGACCAGUGGCGAGGAGGUAUGGGGCACACCCACCAGCGGCGGGGACAACGAAGACAACGACAUGCAGCUGAUCAACUCGGAGAAUACGCAUUCGUCACCCACCAAGUCGAGCACCUCGCUAAACGAUGACGAUGACACGGAGCUGAUGAUGGACGAGCUACUGAUGGCGCCGCCUAUGACGGCCAGCACCAUACGGGGACUGCUGCCACGCUUUUACAGACGUCGUCUUGAGCCCCUUUUCGAGGAGGAGACCGAGAGCGACGAAGAGAAAACCCAACAGGACAGCGAUGACAUCAAAAAGGGGGAAGCAACGACAAAUGGCCACUACCUAGAGGAUUCAGCUGGAAGCUCAAGCGACGAGGCAGUCCAAGUGGUGCCGGAUCGGGAGGAGGAUCCGGAGGAGGAGCGGCUGGAGCUGGAGCUGGAGCUGCAGCUGCAGCUGGAGCAGGAGGCGACACAGGAGCAUGUGGGCUAUCAACAGCAGAGAUUGCAACCGAAUCUGGGGCCACGUCCAUUGCUCACUACCAUGCUGCUGCCCACUACGGCCAUAACCACGCAGAUGGAACCGUCACCACCACCACCACUAGCACAGCGAGUGGGUCCACUGCCAGUGGUGGGCUUAUCCUGCGAGUAUCUGCUCGAUCAGCGCCCCUCUAUACGCUCGACACCCGCAUCGCACACGACGAGCUUGUCCACGAUGCCAGCUACGAUCAGCGGGCCAGGGACAGGGACAGGGACCGGGCCAGGGCCAGGUGCCGAGACAGAGAAAGGGAACUACACCACGAUGCCAUCAUCUCGGCAGCCUCAGCCUCCGGCUGCAGCAGCGACAACGGGCAGGACGACGACGAUGGCGAGUCCAGCUCCCUUGUCGACUACUACAACAAUCAGCAGCGGGAGCGGCACUACGAGCUUCGGCGGCAGAGCCAGCGGCAGGCCAGCGAGGUUUAUACCACCGCCGCCGCCACCGCGUCGAUUGCUGCUCACGCAGACCAAUCUAAGCGCUGCACCACCCAAAACGGAGCCACCUCAAAGAAAAUCUGGCGCUACUGCUGACAGUGGCUACUCGGCGGCUGUCGGCGACGUCGCCAGCGCUUCGGACCCAAUCGCUAUCGGGUCAAGGACAAUUCCAGCGGCGACUACCAGCAGCUCUGUGGCGGUGCCGGUGCCGGUGCCGGCACCAUCCCAAAAACGUCAAUCAUCAACGAUAAUCGAGACCUGCCUGCUGGGGGCACCCAGGCCCGCCUCAGCCACUUCAUCAGCAACAGCCUCGAGGAUACCAAAGCCGAGCCGUGCGAGUCUCGAGACCCCCCACCGUCAGAGCAGCCCGGCUAUAGUGGGGCAGCCAGCGCCAGUGCCAUCGCCAGCGGUGGUGCAGGUGGAAUCGGAGGUGGCAACGACAGCGGAGGGAAACGAAGUAGAUCAACGUUCGGGACACGCUGCCCCAGCGCCCCACGCUGGCUGCGGCCUAAGUCCAAGGCUGGAAAUGCGGCUGGCCCUCAAUCACGACAUCCUCGGGGACGAGGACUUGAUCUGCUACGAGCCUGGUCCAGAUCUAACAACUAUUCUGGGGCACGACCUCUCCACAUUUCAUCGUCUGACGGGUCGCGAUUUAUUGAGUCGUUCAGCCACGAAUCGGGUGCAGCCAAAAGAGGCUGUCAUAUCGUACUCUCAACAACGCAACUCAAAGAUGGACACGCCGACGGUGAACCGUCGUCCGCGUCCGGUCUCGGCCUCCGUGCAGAGCAAUCACAGCAGCAGCAGCCACGGCAGUCCACGUACCGCUGGUUCAGCUCGUGCCGGCGGCGAUCCACGCAGCAGCCAGCGGGCCAGCAGUCCAGGACCAUGGACCAGUUCUGGCUAUGCGGCUCGAGCCGUCGCAGGGAGCGCAAGCGGCGCCGACAGCAGCAUCGCCUGCAGCUCCAGCAGAGGCGGGAGCAAAUUAGGCGAUCUGGAAAUCUUAGCGAGACGCGAGAAGAUAUACUGCAUGUCUCAAUCGAGGAGUGGCUGUCAAGUCAGGGAGACAUCCACGACCUCCACAACGAUGGUCGCAACGAUGACGGGGAUGGGUACGGGGAUGGGGAUGGCGAUGGCAUCGAAACGCGACUCUUUCUUGCCCACCCAAGCAGUAGCAGCAGCUUCUCUGACGAGGACGAUGAGUACUACUUCGAUGGACGGAGUGGACGGAGCCACCAGUACCACAACAACAAUGACUGAAGCAUUCCUCGAAACGGAAGUGGGCAAUUCGAAGCGAUUAAUCAACUUUAUUAAGCGUCGCAACUCUGAGAUAACCGCUAGUAGCAGCAGCAGCACCCCCAACCACUCCGACGGAGCCCUUGGCGAGCAGCCCCAACCGAGCCAGACUCAGAGUCAGACUCCGAGUCACAGCAGCCUGCUGCCGCAGGGCACGUCUCAGGCGACCGAAGCCGCGGAGAUGGCACAAAUGUCGCCACGCAAGGAUAAUGACAAGCCAUCUCUGAAUCGCCGCCUGUGGAAGCAAAUCACCAAACGCCGACGCACCAACUCCGUGUCCCAAAUAGUCGCUGGUUAAGGUGUCAUCCCAUUUCCUACUCCCAUUCAGCAUCCAGCAUAACCCCCUGCGAUCCUUAGCCAGUGCAUAGCUUAUAUUGUGUUCUGUGGGUAGAUUUUAGUUAAUCUUAAGUUGAGCACGACGGAUCCGAAGGGCAGCCCAUCAACUGGAGAACGGACUGGAGUCCGUGGCAGUAAGUUUGGCCUGUGGCCCUUACUGGACCGGAAUUGUGUGGCUGCCACUCACCCAAUGGACUGACAUUGAGCAAAAACCAAACCGAAAGAAAAAACUACCAAAACACCAACAGCAAGCUAACAGGAAACAAGGGGGGAAAAUAUUAGAGCGGAGUACGAGUACGCUAAGAAUUUUUGAUACAACUUUGUAGGUAGUGAAUUCCGGGUAUCGAUCACACCGAACACGGGCCACCCUAGGCGUCUGAUUGCGUCCAAAAUGAAUCUCCUGCCAGCAGUUGGCAGUGCCAGUGGGGAGGCAGGAGGCCAAAGGACUCAGUCCAAGCCAAAUACGAUGAAUAAAUACGACAACGAAUGGCAGUAAGAUGAGACACUGAGGUGAUGAAGGUGGUGGGGCACACAACAACACACACACACACACACACACACACAUGCAAUCCAGCCAAAUGAAAUAAGAUUGUAGAUGAAUUGGAAUGUUUACACUGAAUAUAUUUUAGAGGAGAGAUGGAUACAUAGAGCAUUAAUUAGCAAUUAUACGAGCAGGAGGAGUACGAUUGGCCUAGCAGUUGGCUUGUUCGGGGUGGUAGGGGCUUUUGACAUUUUGUGUUGUAGCGUUUAGUUCUAGUUCUCAAUUAAACAAUGAAAUUGCCUUACGUAUUCAAUGAACUAUUGUAUUGGUAGCUUAAAGUAGUGAAUCUUUAUACAUACAUUUUACGCAUUAUUUUGCAAUUGUCCAGCAAUGUCAGCGAACAGCAACAGCAACAGCAACAGCAACAGCAUCAGUAAAGCAUUCCGCAUUCAGCAUCAGGCUUCAGCAGUCCGUAGCAUUACGUCAAUAAUGAAUUUUAAUGAAUUUAUAUUUCACAUUUUUCUCAAAAACUAUUUACAAAUACAAGGAAACUUUUGCAUCAGAGUCUAAUACAAGUGUAGCGAAAACUUUGUAGUUUAUUUCACAUUGAAAUUGAUAAUAUGAAAUCGAAAAAUGUUUAGAAUGCGAUGGAGAUGAGAUGCCAUGAACUUAUACGAGUUAAUAACGACAAACGAGAUGAAGUACAUUUAUCAGCUUUAAUAGAAAAUCUAAUAAAUAUAUAAAUAUAUAUUAUACAUGAAUCUAACUAGUUCUAGUCCGUAGAUAACUAAUUGAUAUACGAAUUACUCUUGAAUAGGGUGGAGGUGUGGACGUGUACGAGUACGCGAUCGAGCUAUUAGGCAUUUACCAAUCUCACACUCCUUGGGCCUUGGGCAUGGCAUACCCAUUGAUUCAGCACCAUCUACACCACGUAUCACGUACCACGAACAGUGUGUCUCAGUAUUCAGUAACUUACUUUGUAAAACUCAAACACUGACACACACAAACAAAACCAAUCCGAUUACUCGAAUUAGCAUGUGGGUAACACUGAUGAUUUUUUUUCGGUCAAAUAUUGUCUUUUAGUGCAGAUGUGAAUUUUCCUCUUGAAAUUCAAUAAGAAAUUCAAUUAUUUAAAGAUGAAAUUAC